GAGAGAGAGAGAGGUUUCAAAAUAGGGAACCAUCGAGAGACGUCGUCUCCAACCAAGGAGACGUCGUCACCAUAGCUUGAGGUUAUGGCUGGGGAAUAAGUUGGGCACCAGCGAGAGACGUCGUCCCCUGGCCCCGUUUUUUUCUCGCCAGGGUACCCACCCACACCCACACACACACACAUAAGGGGUACGACUAGAGAGAGGUACGAGUAGAGAGAGAGGUACGAGUAGAGAAAGAGGUACGAGAAGAGAGAGAGGUAUGAGUAGCGAGAGAGAUACGAGUAGAGAGAGAGAGAGAGGUAUGAGUAGAGAGAGAGAGAGAGGUACGAGUAGAGAGAGAGAGAGGUACGAGUAGAGUAGAGAGAGGUACGAGUAGAGCAGAGAGAGGGGUACGAGUUGAGUAGAGAGGUACAGGUAGAGAGAGAGGUACUAGUAGAGAGAGAGAGAGAGGUAUGAGUAGAGAGAGAGAGGUACGAGUAGAGAGAAAGAGCAGAGCAGCUGAGCUGUGGGUGGAUGGACGGAUGGAUGUGGAUGGAUGGGUGGCUGGCUGUCGCUGGCAGCUGAUAUUAUUGGCGAUCGAAGAGGAUACAGUCAGUGCCGAGCGAGCGAGCAAGCGAGCAUGGAACCAGUCACUCUGCGACUCUUCUUCCAAUAGCAUGACGUUCGAACAAUUCGACGGAGGUAUGUAGUCUCUGUAAGCUUCAGCAGCAGCUGUCUGGCCGCUUCCGCUGCUGCCAUCGCCGCUGUCCCUGCCUUUGUGGUCUGCAACGUGAACCAUCAUCGAACUGCUUGAUUGCUUAGAGACUCUCCUUUUCGUUAAAACCUGCCUUCUACUCUUGUCCCUCCAAUAGAGCGCAUAUUCCAUCUUCCUGGCAUGAUGACAAACCAUGUUCCUUGCAUCUGGACGGUGCAUCCGUUCAUCUAUACUCGCUGCUGCAGGCAGGUGGCAGAGCAGGUGGCAGGCAGGCAGACAAAUAUAUACUACUGUUAGACAGCCAGGGAGCAGGAGUCACGCGGGCAGCAGGAGGUGAUCGGCAGGAGGCAAGCAGCAAGGCGUGGGCAGUGGGCAAAUGUUGCCACUGUCCUCCUCCACUGGUGUUAUCACAAUUUUCGAAUUUACUUCCGAGUCACGUGGGGGAGGGACUGAUGUGCUGUUGUCGUUCUUAAGUCCUUUUCGCGUCAGCCGGUGCAGCUGGGUAGUGGGGUUCUGACGACCUUCAUUGUUUUCUUUUUCCGUUUUUGUUUUUCUUGCUUAUUCAUAUUUUCUUACCUCUUCCUUUUGACUCUUUUUUUUUACAAAUGUGUGAUUGAUAUGGAGAGAAAUUUCAUUGUUGCUUUCGACUUAUGAAACAAAUAUCUCACAUUUACUUGCUUUCCAAUCAACCUCUUCCUCCUAGACGGGCAUAAUAUAUGCGUAGGAGGUUGAACUGCUGUGGUGGCGGACGUUUGCAAUCCUGCAAGUUUGUUUUUUGUUUGUCAUGUGGCUGCGCUCUCUCUGUUGUUAUCCCUUCACGUUCCCUAUACUCAUGACGACCCUCCCCACUCAUUUGCGCUUUCUCCCCUCUCUUCUUCACGUUGUGUAUACAGAACGACCCUUCAGAUUCUCGAGAGUCGUGUUGUCUGUACAGAACGACUUUUGGAUAAGCUGGCAGGUUCAGGGCUCAUAAGUGGCGGCGGCCGAUGAUCGAGAGUCUUCUCUAAAUUUUGUUGGAUUCUUUGCUACAAGACGUUGCUUAUAAUAUUUUGUAGGUUCCUCCUCUUGUUCUGAUGCCUAAUACUCGUGAACACGUUUUCCGCUCUGUCUUUCGAGGAGAUCAGUAUGCGGCGAGAGUAUGCUGUGAGAGUCUUUCGGUGGAAGUGGCAUUUUCUCUUCUGUCUAGUAUGUUCCUGUGAGAGUAAGCCCCUCCCUUCCGAGGAGAUCAGUGUGCGGCAUUUUCUCUUCUGUCUCUUCGGUGGAAGUGGCAUUUUCUCUUCUGUCUCUUCGGUGGAAGUGGCAUUUUCUCUUCUGUCUCUUCUGCUGUGAGAGUAAGCCCCUCCCUUCCGAGGAGAUCAAUAUGCGGCGAGAGUACGCUGUGAGAGUCUUUCGGUGGAAGUGGCAUUUUCUCUUUUGUCUCUUCGGUGGAAGUGGCAUUUUCUCUUCUGUCUCUUCUGCUGUGAGAGUAAGCCCCUCCCUUCUGAGGAGAUCGGUAGAUGGCGAGAGUACACUGUGAGAGUCUUUCGAUGGAAGUGGCAUUUUCUCUUCUGUCUAGUCUGUUGAGCGGUAUGGAGGGAGUCUGUGCGACUGGCAUUAGUAGGACUCGUGCUCGUUUCUCCUGCUGGGGACAGUGUGCCGCAUUGUGAAAAAACAGGGUUGUAAAGCGAGUCUGACGUUCUGUUCGCAAUGGGCGGCUCAGAUCACACGUACUUCCUGGUCCUCUCAGUUUCGUGAACUUGAACUAAGGGCAUCGCCACACCACUCUCGAAAUGUGCAAAAUGAGAAUGAACUUCCCGCUAGAACAUGGUCAGAUGCACCUGCCACAUUUAUGUCUUUUUCACAUUUCGAGAGUGGUGUGGUGAUGCCCUAAACUCGUAAGUGCACUCUCUGCGGCAUGCAAACAGCAGUCGCAAUGUGCCACCGCCAUCUGAGGGGGCCCAUGUGAUAUGUGGCGGGCUACAAGGCAGGGAUAUGUCCGGAACGCCAUGGCGGACCUCGAGCAGGCGGGUACGAGAUUUAUAGCGGGCGAAGUUCCGGAGAGUGUUUUUGUUUGUUUGUCAGCUCAUUCGGAGGUCAUCUAGGAGAGUAUGUGCCGACGACGUUGUCACACGGUCAAGGUGUUCGGAGAUGCUCUCUAUCGUGAAUGGGAGUAGUGGUGUGCAUUGGUGCCAAUUCGUUGUGGAAUGUGUUGGCUUUGUUUGGUGAUUAUUGCAUAAGGAGAAUAUGCUGGCUAACUUGCGGUGCAAGAAGUAAAGUGCAGCCUUCAUUGGAGGAGCUUGCAUUUCCUGGAAGGAGGGGAGUCGGUAGAUUACAGGGAGGUGAAGGUGACGAUUUGCCUAUAACUCAGCCCUCAGGGCAGAGGAUAGGCAGCGCCUGCUGCCUAAAAGGCGAUGGGUUGAGGACCUUGAGGUUGAGGAGGACAAAACGGGGUCGUCGUCAAUGAUGAAGCCUCGCUCCUCAGAGGAUGUGUCAAUGACGAAGCCUCGCUCCUCCGAGGAUGUUGAGAUCGAUGAAGAUCUGCACAGUCGCCAGUUGACAGUGUAUGGACGGGAGACCAUGCACCGCCUGUUUGGGCCCAGUGUGCUUGUCUAUGGGCUGGGGGGUCUUGGAGUGGAGGUCGCAUAAAAAUAAAAAAAAAAUAAAAAAAAAACGUGACCGGGCGCGAGUGUGUCACACACACACACACACACAGAUAGAGAUAGAUAGAUAGAUAGAUAGAUAGAUAGAUAGAUAGAGAGAGAGAGAGAGAGAGAGAGAGAGAGAGAGAGAGAGAGAGAGAGAGAGAGAGCUGUCAUUGGUGAAGUUGUGUACCGACCAGCAAGCUUGGAUUCGUGAAGGGAUCAUCCGACCCUACCUUCGUUGCUUCUAUAGUUCGUUUUCCCUCACUUCGAUAAAUCUUUCGUAGUCUGCUGGAGUUCUUUUUUUUUUUUUUGAAAAACGUCCCCUUCGGUGCUAGUGGUGCUGGUAAGAGCAGACACCGCUAGUACUUUUGGGGCGUCCUAUUUACAGAAUGGUCUUGGAUGAUAUAAGAAGUUCAUAUCCAGUUUAGGUCGAGUGUGCGGGUGGAACUCACGUGUUUUCACUGAGAUGGUGCAUCGUAGCUCCUCAGACUGCGAUCAGGAGAUGGCGAGUGUGUACGCUAGGGAGGAGAAGCCAGUGAAGAUGCAGUCGGUUGAGGCGGUCCUGAAGGUUGCCAAUCCGGGCCCUCUGGGGCUGACUGCCUUCGCUGUCACGACCUUCACUCUAUUUAUGUUUAAUGCUGGUAUCUUGCCUAGAUCCAUCGAAAACGUCGCUGUUCCGCUGGGUUAUUUUUUAAUGGAGGGUCUGUGCAGCUGCUCGCUGGACUUGCUGAGAUAUUCGCUCGGAAUGGUGCAUUUUUUAUUGCAUUCACUUGUUAUUUUUUGGCUAUCGUUCCGAGUUUGGAAGGACUAGAGAAGGAGAAGGUGCAUAUCGCCACAGGGGUGUUUUUGUUCACCUUCACAGUGUUCACGACGUACAUGGCCAUUGCUUCAACGUGCUUGGCUCUCACCUUCUUGUUCCUCAAGAUCGGCGACUAAGGAGAAUCGGAUGGCGCCAAGAAGACUGGCGGUUACUUUGGGAUCAUCAAGUCCAUUUUGGCCUGGUACUGUUCCUUCGGCCUUGUCCUUCUUGACACUUGGAGGUAUGAGGUUAUCCCACUUGUCUUCUACAAACACAGGACUGAUUAGGGUGUCAAUCGUUUGCGAAGGAAGGUUCUGCAUCGCCAGCCCAUCAUUGGCUGGUACGACACUUGCUCUUGCACAUAUGUUUUAAUUGUCGUUUCUAUGUGUGUGGGUGUGAGUGGGUACCCUGGCCCGUUGUGAAUAUGGGGAGUGUACUGUGGAGUGCUUAAUCAGCGGGAACGAUGGCGCUGGUCUGUAGUUCGUUUCUUUGUGAAAUUAACAUUUCACAACGGCUGCUCUGAGAGUUUUGUCUGCCUGCAGAGCCGUGUCUUUGUUUCUUGUCUCUUGUUGGGCCAUUUCUAUCCAGGGUAGUUACGAACUUGUAGGCCGUGAAUUGAGGUACUCGUACCUCUCUCUCUCUACUCGUACCUCUCUCUCUCUCUCUACUCGUACCUCUCUCUCUCUCUACUCGUACCUCUCUCUCUCUACUCGUACCUCUCUCUCUCUACUCGUACCUCUCUCUCUACUCGUAACUCUCUCUCUCUACUCGUACCUCUCUCUCUCUACUCGUACCUCUCGCUCUCUCUACUCGUACCGCCCUUGCUUCACCUUUCUUCCCCCUUGCCCUUGCCAUCAGCCUCUCCAUUUCCAUCGUUAUCCUCAUCAUCGCCACCAUGAUUACCAUAAUUUAUGUCAUGAUGCAAUGCAAUCAAUCCCUGCCCUCGCU